AUGGCAAAUCAAACAUAUGUGGCUGAAUUCCUUCUGCUUGGCCUUUCUAGAAGCUUGAAGAUCCGUCUUUUAUUGCUUGGACUUUUCUCUGUAGUCUACGCUCUCACCCUGGUGGGCAACACAAUCAUCCUGAUGCUCAUCUGGCUGGAUGCCCGACUCCACACGCCCAUGUAUUUCUUCCUGAGCCAACUUGCCUGUGUGGAUAUCUGCUAUACUUCCAGCACAAUCCCCCAGAUGCUGGCCAACCUUCAAAGCCCAAGACGAGCCAUCUCAGUGGUUGGCUGUGCCAUGCAGAUGUAUAUCUUUCUGGUCUUGGCCACAGCAGAGUGCUUUUUCCUUGCAGUGAUGGCAUAUGAUAGAUAUGUGGCAAUAUGCCAUCCAUUGCAUUACACAGUCCUCAUGAACAGAAGAAUGUGCACCAUUACGGCCAUGACAUGCUGGACUAGCGGCCUUGUCCUGCCAGUGGUCCAUACUGUUCUCACUUGGCAGUUGCCAUUCUGUGGCCCUAACUUGAUAGAUCACUUCUUUUGUGAAAUGCCAGCUUUGCUGAAGCUGGCAUGUGCUGAUACCAGAAUUAUUAAAAAGGUUACUUCGGUGGGGUGCAUUUUCACCUUGCUUAUUCCCAUCUCCUUUAUCAUGACAACUUACAUCCGCAUCCUAGCAACCAUCUUGAAAAUCCAAUCUGCACAAGGGCAGCACAAAGCUUUCUCCACAUGUGGUUCCCAUAUGACAGCUGUGGUGCUUUUCUACGGCAGUGCCAUAUUUAUGUACAUGAGACCAGAGUCCAGCCACUCUCCAGGCCAGGACAAAAUGAUUUCCCUGUUUUAUAGCAUUGUCAUUCCUUUGUGCAAUCCCAUUAUUUACAGUUUGAAAAAUAAGGAUAUGAAAAGAGCUUUGGCUAAAAUUCUACAGUUGUGA